AUGAGUGAAAUAAGUGUGGGAAAAAUGAGCCACCGAUGUACUCGAGUCAAGGAGCUCUCGAGUGGACACAACACACUGCGAACGGCACUAAAACGCCCCUUGCCACAACCACAAAGCAAGCGGGCAGGCAGGGCAGGCAGGGCCCAGGGGCCAAUCCAUAAUGAGCGCGGUGACGUGGCACCAGGAAAACGACGAGCGUGGAAGUUAGGUCACGGUAGUAGGCGCUCACAGGGCAACCGAGUCAAGGAGCAGGACAAGCAUCCGGCUCUGACCCCGGUCCCGCAGUCCCGCACGACCUCGUCGCAUCUGUCUUGCGUCUCGUCGCGCCGCGUCAGUUCGGUCGCGCGACAGAAGGAGAGACGGAUAACGCCAGCCAGCCAGCCAGCCGGCCGGCCGGAGGAGCCAGGCCAGGCCAGGCCAGGCGCCAGAGGGGCAGAGGGGCAGACGGGGCAGACGGGGCAGCCAGCCAGCGAGUCAGCCAGCCGCCCACGAGGUCGAGUUCCGGCACCCGGCCCCAAAGGCUGGGUUGGGUGCCAGAGCCCAGCUGUCGCGGUGCCGAUACGCGGCGACGCUGAUCCGAGGCAAGAGUCGGGGCGCCGGUUUGCGCAAGCGUCCAAAGUCGCAUGCGUUUCUCGGGUUCUGGGCUCCGAGGCUCAAUGUUAUUGGUUCUCAACGGUUCGUUCCCCUGGCUUCGUUCGGGUGGAAUUGUGCCGGGUUAGCUGGCCCCCAGAGGAUAGGCCUUCCUAUGAGAGUGUUGGGAGCCACCUGGAACACUCUCCCGCACAAUUUCUACGACACUGUCGGUGCCUGGUGAGCCGAGGAUUCAGCAAUUGGGAUCGGCCGAGCCCGUUCGCUCUUAAGAGCACAGGCGUGGAGUGGACCUCCAGCGCCGUGCUCCAGGUAGAAGAGAGACGGGAGUCGGGAGUCGAGAGUCGGGGUGGAAAAAGAUGCUGUGAUGUGUGGAUGGGACUGGAUGUGACUGACGAAUGGAGGGAAUGUGAGGACGCGGAGGUGCUCGUGUUCUAA